AUGGCUACUCAACCAUUUAUGACUCUUAGUACUCAGACUAAUGCAUUCAAAUGUAAACGGAUACUAGAAGUUGCAUGCGGAGGAGGAUAUUAAUCUUUGAUGCUUGCCAAGACUAUGCUUCAAAAGGGCGGAGCUCUAGUGAUUGGUGAUAUUAGUAGUAAGAUGAUGGAGUUAGUAUAGUCUAAGUUUGAUGACAAAGAAUUAAGUUCUGGAUAUACAGAUGUAGCUGGUAAUAAGUAUCACAUCACUACAGAACCAUUACUGCCUUUAGGAGAUCAUACUUUUGAUAUUGAAGAAGAAAUUAAGAAGCAUACUGAAAAUGAAAGUGAUAGAAUUGUAUUUGGGAGUCAAGCGAACAAUGAAUCCCUUCCAUUCAAGGAUGAAUCUUUUGAUUGCUACAUUGCAAAUCUUUCACUUUAGCUAGUGGAUAAUCAUCUCAACUAGUUAAAAGAAGCACUCAGAGUUUGCAAAUCUGGAUCUAAAUUCGGUUUCUCUGUUUGGGGAAGAGAAGGUCACAAUAAUAACUAUGGAAUCCUUGAAGGUUUAUUAGAUAAGUAUGGAGUAGGACCAAAGGAAAAACCAGCUAGAACUAAUCAUCAUUUGGGUCAAGAUCCAGCUGGAAUGAAAAAGUAAAUGACAGAAUUAGGAUUUUCAAAUAUUAAAAUAUGGUAUGAGCCCAUGAACAUUCCAUACAAAGAUUUUGAAGAUUAUUACUAGACCUUCUUUGAAUUUCCAAACUCAGUAAUUGCUCUUUCUAAGCUAAAUGAAGAUUAAAGAUGUUAGAUAAAGCAAGAUGCCAAAGAAUUAUUUGACAACUUAAUGGGAGAAAAUGUACUUGAUCCUGUUUGUUUUGAAAUAAUGAUAAUUAUUGCUGAAAAGAAGUGA